UGAUUGUUGUCCGGGUGGAUGCAAUCGCCGUGGUGGGUGCGGGCGCCUCGAGCUCGUUCGGCGUGUCCCUGCGUCCCCGUCCGCGUCCCCCGCCCGGGCCCGGGCAGCCAUGAGUGAGCGGGGGGAGCUGGACCUGACCGGGGCCAAGCAGAACACGGGCAUGUGGCUGGUGAAGGUCCCCAAGUACUUGUCACAACAAUGGACUAAAGCUUCAGGAAGGGGUGAAGUAGGGAAGCUGAGGAUUGCCAAAAAUCAAGGAAGAACAGAAGUAUCAUUUACUUUGAAUGAAGAUCUUGCAAGUAUCAGUGAUAUUGGAGGAAAACCUGCUUCAGUCAGUGCACCCAGAGAACAUCCAUUUCUUUUGCAAAGUGUGGGAGGACAGACGUUAACAGUGUUUACAGAAAGCUCAGCAGAAAGCCAGCCAGAAGAAAAAUCUGAGAACAGCAAUGCUGACAAACUUUCAUUGGAAGGAAUAGUGGUUCAACGUGCUGAAUGCAGACCUGCAGCUAGUGAAAAUUAUAUGAAACUGAAAAGGCUACAGAUAGAAGAAUCUUCUAAACCUGUAAGACUAUCACAGCAAUUGGACAAAGCUGUAACAACCAAUUAUAAACCUGUGGCUAAUCAUCAGUAUAACAUUGAGUAUGAAAAAAAGAAAAAAGAAGAUGGAAAACGAGCUCGGGCUGAUAAACAGCAAGUGUUGGACAUGCUUUUUUCUGCCUUUGAAAAACACCAGUAUUACAACAUUAAGGACUUGGUGGACAUAACCAAACAGCCUGUGAUAUACUUGAAAGAAAUUUUAAGAGAAAUAGGCAUCUACAAUGUUAAGGGGACCCACAAAAACACAUGGGAGCUGAAGCCAGAAUAUAGACAUUAUCAAGGAGAAGAGAAGAGUGAUUAAUGCCACUGUUAAUGAAGCAAACACAGAGGCUAUAGAAUAAUGGGACUGCGCUGAGGGAACGCUGCAGUUAAACAGACUGGACUGAGCACAAUUCAGUACCAAGAGAUCUUAAAAAGAGUAAUACUUUGUAAUUUGCCUGGCUUCAUUUUUAAAAGCAAGUUUCUUGGAUGUUUCUAUACGUUUGUCUUGUUUCUGACAAAAAAAAUUACAGAAUAAACUUGUAUUAGAUUUAUCUUUAUUAGAAA